GAUAGAUCCAAGGGGGAAAACACGCUUCUACUGCGCGUUUCACCGCCAUAUAUAAUUCUCGCAUUCGCACGCAUUUGUGUAGCGUUAUCGAAGCGUUCUUCGUCCCACCAAGUCGAACGAAGGAAAGCGAGAAAUCCGAAGAGAAAGAAGAAGAAGAUUGGAACAUUAAAAAAACGUUAGAAGAAAAGAUGAGAGGACGAAUCUGCGUCGCGAUGCUCUUUGGAGCAAUAUUAUGCAGCGAAUCCGUAGGACAACAGAUGGGUACCGGAAUAGACUGGGUAAACGGACUAUCCGACAAUAUCAACUGGCUAAAUAGAAAUAUUCAGCAAAAUGUACAGCGGAUACAUCAACAGGUGCACGAUAAUUUGGAGCAGGCUAUGGCACAGGGACGACGAUUCUCGGAUAAUCUGAGCAAGGAAAUAGCUGCUAGCAGGAACUCGCAUUCGUUCUCAAGCGGCAGCACGCAAACGUUCUCAAGCGGUAACGUUCUCGUGACGGACAACGAUGGAACAAGGCUCGUUCAAUCUGGUCGCACGUCGGAUGGAAAAGAGUACAUUCGCGAAAGCACGGACAAACUCGAAGGCGAUAUGAUUCGACACGUCGACAGGAUUUACGAUCCUGUCACGAACACCACAAGAGUCUACGGCUACAUCUUGAAUCUAAAAGAUCGUAAUGCCAAGCCUGUUUUGAUUGAGGCGUGAGUGGUGCCGGGAGCGGCAGAAACAGCGAUCCAUGCGUUUACUUCGUUCAACUGGAAUUGAAACAAUAUGUAUUUUAUUCGCAAUAGAAAAUUAAUCCGACGACGAUACUUCUUUCGUCGUUUUUUUUUUCCUUUUUCUUCUACUUAUUCGUGUUUGAUAAUAAAUAACCCCUUGUAAAUUGAAA